GAUGCUGCUAUGAACGGCUCCUGUUCGGUCUGUGUCCGCUUCUAUUCUGGUUGGAAGAAGGUUGCAUGGCACACUUUUUUUGUGUUUGGUAACUUUGGUGCCCUCUAGACCAUGCUGACUGGAGAGAACAAUGGCCAAAGCACCGUGGGAAACGAACUGGACGCCGGACGUUGAGCGUUUCGCCUUCAUCUUUGAGCAUUUGCAAACCAGUGAGCUGGCCAUCAUGACAGAGGACAUCGCUCUCCCGACGGGCUAUGCUCUAGAGGUCGGCUGGCGAGGGGACAAGACGCCAGAGAUAUGGGCAAACCUAAUACUUGACACAUUUGGCGAGUCGGCGGCAAGUUUCUGGACUGCCGACAAAUUCACUGCCAGUUUUGCAUCGAAGGAAGGUCAGUUUGACCGAGACGCUGGCCUGUUCUUCAUCACAUGCAGCGGUGAAGUAGUGGGGUCUGCGUUCGCCUGGCUCGACCUCAUACCCAGCGCCAGCCAGCCAGUGCGGAACGGACGCGUUCACUUUGUGUGCGUGAAGGAAGCCCACCGCCGCCGUGGCUUGGCCAAGGCCCUAGUGCAGUGUGUGCUGCGCUAUCACAGAUCUCAGGGCAGGCAAGCAGCCACGCUACGCACUGAAGCGUUCCGAGAAAACGCCAUCGCACUCUACGAGAGUCUUGGUUUUCGCAAGUGUUCCAUGGAUGUACUCGUCGGCUAGGCCGACAAGCUUGGGCUGAACUCUCUUGUGCCCAAUGCCCAUUCAGCCGCAUGUGGAGGUGCCACGCAUGUGUUGUGUAGUGCGUAUUGGUGACAUGCACACACACACACACACACACACACACACACACACACAUUUGCACGUGCACACACACGUGUGCACGGCAGCCGUUGGAAAAACCACUUGCAGUGUAUCAGCAAAACCGACAUCCCGGAUAUCAGUGGCGCCCGGUCAGCCAAUCCACGGUGGCUACCUUAAAAAGAGAUCAGUCGACGAGCAGUCUAGCAGUGCUGUGGAAUUACACUGGCAUUCACCUAUUAUGCCAAAUAAGUCGAGUUCCAUACAUAUCUGUGCACGGGCACACAGAGAUGUAUUACCCCCUGGCAUGCACAUGUACUGAAAUACAUGCCCAGGCAUAUCGUGAAACAUCAACAUUGAACUUGAACUCAGUUGUUGCCAAUGCAUCAUGGCUUCUACCGCGUACCGGUCUAAUUCUUUGUUUUGAUUAAAAUUUAUGUUAUGGAAGCUGGUCUUCAAAAUUUCUUCUAAGAUGACAGUACGUGUACACAGGUGAGGAUUCUAUGGAACUGAAACUGCUACACAUGUCCGAUAUAGACAAUUAGAUGAGAAAUUAGUCGUGUGUUGGUGCGCAUUGUGGAGAAAUCU